UCUAUUAACACAGUACCUGAAUAUAUGUGUCUUAGUCUUACCUAUACAAUAAUUAUCUACAUAUUUGUGUUGCACCUCUGAAUUGGCACCUUGAUUUAAACAUGUUUAUGGCCAUUCAAAAUGCCACUUAAGUACAGAAAUAUUACAUUACAAAUAUAUGCAGAUUUUUAAUACCGUAGCUGGUCCAGAUAUUGUUAUGACUUUAAAAACAGUUUAAGCUGCAUCAAUUGGUCACAAUACACUGUAACACUGCAACUAAUUAGGUUUCAUGCUGAGGUGAUGGGAUAUGUUGGUGCUACCUGCUGUGUAUCUUUAUUGUUCCUGAGCGACUGUGUUCAUGACAAUGUGUAAACACAGAUGCCACCGUAACAUCGUCACAUCUGUGAUAUCCUACAGAAUGGGGCCAGUGUAUACAAAAAUAUUCGUGGGCCAUUGUUCUGCAUUUCACAGUGUUUCUGUGCCGUCAGGAUGAAGCAGGAAGUGAAGUGGAAGGCCGUGGAGACUCGGCCGUGUCGAAGGGGACCACGGACAGCGGGGUGGUGAUGGACAACAGGGACAACCCUGUGCUACCUGGGGCGGUGCCCAGGAAACUCCCUCCUCUAACAAGUGUUAGAGAAAGCGGCCUGUGCAUCAUUACACGAGAUGGAACGCUACAGCAGGUGAGCACACUGCAGGAGCAACCAACGUCCAGUGAGAUCCUGGAGGAGCUGCUGAACCAAGGCAUUAUACCGGUGGGUCAGACCAGAGAGGGAAGCGUCAAGGCUGCAGAGUCCUACAGCAUCAUGCUGGAUGAUGAGGAGGGGUCCAGGCGAAAGCCGCCGGUCAGGCUGGAGUCCCUGAAGGCCCUGAAGGCGCAGAAGGUCCCCAGCAUAGAAGACAUUGAGGAGAAAAUACGACUUGCUGAGGAGAGACGCCAGUCGAGGGAAGACAAGCUCAAGAUGCGUUUGAGGAUCAAGUCGGCCCGCGUUCGGGGCCCCGCUCCCACCUCCAGGCCAGAGGAGGACGAGGACACGGCUCUCACUCCCGUGGAGCCGCUGCAGUUACCUGCCCCCCCGAACCCCUUCGUUCCACUGCCCCACAGCCAGAUAACACACGAGAAGGCCGAGGGCGGAGAUCGGGUGAGAGAGGUGGGAGGGGACGGCAGAGAGGAAAUGGGUAAAACAGAUAAGGGAGAAGGGAGGAGAGUGAAAGGAGGAGAAAGGGGAUAUAACAGAGGGGAGGGUGCAGAGAGGGUCAGUGAGGAGGCUGACGGGAAAGGGGAGGAUGAGUUGACCCAGGAGGAGGAUCUUAUGGGGGAUAAUCUCCUCACAGACUCUGAGGAGCUGGAGAGCUAUUCUAGCUUAAAACUUGCAGAAGACAAAGAGGAGAUGUUAUAA